AUGCCGCCACUUCAAGAUUCCUCUAGGACAACUGACGCCGAAUUCGAUAAGGCUCCUCUGCGACUUCGUGGUGCAUUGCAACGUUUUCUAGGCCUCGGUCGAAGAUCAGGCAAUGUUCCCUACGCCAACCCUGCUUUUAGGGAGGCAUCUCAGGCGGCUCGUCAAGCCCGUGCUGCUAAUGAUCGUCUGAGCCAGGAUGCCCCUUCUGCUUCUAGACGUAGGGCUCGGCUACAUUCUGAUGAUUCUGAUUCGGAUGAUCAGCCGUUGUCUCAGAGACUCCGCCGCCGAGCCCCUCAUCCAGUGUUAGACUCGGGCCCUUCUGCUAUCCCUUCUCCUUCACCUCCAGUUGCAGCUGCCUCUCCUCCGCCUCCUAUUGUGACUCCGCCUCCUGUCCGGAGCCAGGCAGAUGUUCCGCCGGACCCUUCCGCAAUUCCAGUUGAGCCUCCCACUGCUCAACCUUCUCCUCCAGCUCAACCUCCUACUCAACCUUCUACAUCACCGCAGCACCAGAGCACCGAGGCCGAUCCCUCGCGUCGCUCUCCGCCAUCUACCUCACCUCCAGAGCUAUCUCCUGUGCCUCCAUCAGCUCCUUCUGGGUCAGCUGCUGGGCCUUCUGGGUCAGCUGCUGGGCCUUCUGGCUCCGCCGCGGGGCCUUCACAACCGCCUCCACCUGUCCCUCUUUAUUAUCGUACCACUGCUCCUUCAGAGGCUGGACUACAGUCAAGGCGUGACGUUCCCACCAGCUCCUUGACCAUGAAAGGUCACAUAGCCACUGUGUGGAAAGAAAGUAGGCGUUAG